CCAUCAUAGCACUCUUCAGCCCAAAUCUUGUUGGACUCUCCGGACAUAAUGGCAGUCGAUAACUCUCUGGAAUCUCUUCUCACGACGCUCACUGCAUCGAUCCAGUCAGCCACGGAGACCAUACCGAAGGACGACAUACUUCCGCCGAAAGAUGGCCUUUCGCUAUUGGACGUGAAGAACGAGCUUUUGCUUUCGUAUUUACAAAAUCUCGUUUUUCUGGUUCUGUUAAAGCUGCGAUCCCGGUCACGGAAAGAUGAAGGAGCGGAUGAAGACCUUUUUCCGCAGGAUGAAGUUGUAAAGAAACUAGUGGAGCUAAGAGUCUAUUUGGAGAAGGGUAUUCGACCUCUGGAAAACCGCUUGAAGUAUCAGAUCGACAAGAUCUUGCGAGCCGCGGAUGAUGCAGCACGAAAGACCACUCAAGCAGCCAAACAGCCAACCAAGAAGUCCACAGCGGACGAAGGAUCGGAUUUAGAUGUCAGCGACGCAGAAUCAGCUGGUUCCGCGCACACCGAUGAGGAUGUAGACGAAAUGUCUUACGGACCGAACCGCGCCGCAUUUGCCCGACCAAAAGCGAGCACCGAUAAGAAGACAUCCGCAUCUAAGGAUGGGAUCUACAGACCUCCAAAGAUUACUCCGGUGACAAUGCCUACCACUGAAGGACCGGAGGAACGGCGAAGACGAAGACCCGAAAAAUCCGCGACAUUAGACGAGUUUGUUGCUACAGAACUAUCCACAGCGCCGAUUGCACAGCCCAGCAUCGGAAGCACCAUAGUGGAGGGAGGUCGCCGCGUGAAGUCCGACAAGGAACGAAGGGAAGAGGCAGAGAGGCGAGCAUACGAGGAGUCAAACUUCGUCCGACUUCCUAAGCAGAGCAAAAAAGAGCUAGCCAAGCAGCGAGGCCGUCGCGUCGGCGGAUUUGGAGGUGAGGAAUGGAGAGGACUUGGAGCCGGUCUGGACCGUAUCGAGCGACUGACGCAAAAGAAGAGUGGCUCUUUGGGGUCACUGGAGAAGAGCCGCAAGAGGCCGGUAGAGGAUGGGCCCCGCGGCAAUGGUUCAACAGCAGGCGAUGCAUUCGAGAAGAGGAGGAAGGUGGUUGCCCGGUACAGGAGAUGAGGAUGGUCCCACUCUACCUCAUCUUAACCACCGGAAGUUCUCUCCGAUCUGUGCGAUGUUGUGUAACGGUUUCACAAACGCUCUGCAGGGCCUCGUAUACAAAGAAUCCGACAUUCUGCCUUCUAGGCAUCCCCUACUUCCUUAAAUAUCAAAUCAUUGCGUCAUCCGUUCUGUUCUUCAAGCUAGCCAAGACGAUGCUUCUUACGAGGUCGGACCGACGUCCUGUCUAGCCUUUCUUAGAUUAUCAAGCU